AUAGUAAUUUUUCCAGUUUGAUGCAACACAUGCUUUAUGUGCAGAUGUACGUUGAUUCAAUAGGACGACGAACGCUGCAGCUGCUGCUGGCCCUGCAGCUGAUGCAGCUCGCUGCAGCGAAUGUUGCAGAGUCUACAAACUCGUCAGUGGCGUCUGCAAAUAUUACAGAAUUUGCUGCAGACGCUAAAGACUCAAUGACAAGCACUGCAAACACGACAGCAGUUCCUGCAGGCGUCACAGCAGUUACUGCAGAUGCUGCAGCAGUUACUGCAGAUGUUGUAGCAGUAAAUGCAGAUGACGCAGAAGUUCCAGCAGAUGACGCAGAUGUUGCUGCAGAUGUUGCAGCCGUUCCUAAGGGCGCUGAGAAGACGAGACGCAACAAGUUCUCCGACAGAGACGAGCGUCUUUUCCUGGCCAACUACGCAACGAGCACCGAGCUACGUAUCUCCUUCUCAACCGCCACCGUGCCCUACACGUGCUUCUCAUUUGUCAAUGCAGUGACGUGCAUGGGUAGGAAAAGACGUCGCAGGCGACGUGCACAGCAAGACAUCGUCGUCUCAGCCCCUACGACGUCGAAGUUUACACAAAUCGACUCGUCACUGAAUGGCGCCAUCAGUGACAUCAGUGAUCCCCUUCUUGGCGCAGCAAUAGCAAAUGCCGACGAAGAAUACGACAAAAAAUCCGAAGAGAUGGGCGAAAAAAGCGGGUCGGGACGAUCAGGGAGGAAGUUCUUCACGGUCUGGAACGUCGCUUACACGACGGUCACCAAAACUAAAACUGUCACCAACUUCUCCGUGACAGCCUCUAUCUCCGCCAUGUGCAUGCCGAGCGGCUUCCCGGUGCCCAAGCUCUGUUGAUGAGUCGGUGGACAGCGCUCAGGCGUACAGCGCACAAGCGUACAUGAUACGGGAGAACAUCGCAAGAUGUACAGUGCACACUGCACAUUGUACUGCACCGGUUCUCGUUGGGUCAUCCACGAAGAAGUACUCCAUGUGUGCCGCUUGCCCUGUCCGUUGUAGCACAAUUUGUACAUAGCACACAUUUGACCCACGUAAUAAACGUACAUGUCUACCAACA